UCUCACGACCCCCUCCCAUCUCCACAACCAGGAACUACUUCCGGCAAGCUUAGGUGAGAGGUCCAAGAUGCUGCUUGGGCUCAAGGACUAGUCUGGACUUCUGGGUCCCCAAAGGGGCCACAUAUGUCCGGAUGUCAGUGCCACAAGGCCCCUUCAUUCUCAAAGCUGCUCCUGACGGCUUCUCAGUAUCUGAAAGGGUUUGGCCCGGGCCUCUCAUCACCCACCUCUGCAAGGGCUGAGGGAGCGGAGCCGCAGGGGAGAGGCCAGGCAGGCCUCAGAGGGCGGGCCCUAGUGCAAGGUUGGGCCUGAGGUGGACGGAGAGGGCAAGUAACCGCGGGAGGCCGGCGGGAGAGGAAACUGACACUGGAACCAGAGGUGGGGCCGCAAGCCCAAGGGCGGAGCCAAAGCCAAGGAGACGUCCACUCCGGCCUGAAAAAACGAACCUCAGGACCAGAGGGCGGAGCCAAGAAUCGAGAGAGCACUGAUCUAGUCCAGCAAGGUAGGGUUUUAGGCCCAAGAGGCAGAGCCAAGAGCUGAAAGGCGGGCCUUCCUCUAGGCCUGUGGGGACAGAACCGAGCCUCUGGGGGCGGAACUGAGCCUGGAAGGUGGCGUCAGUUUCUGCGUCCAGGAGCCGCCGGGUCCACCGGCCACUCUCGCAGGGCCACAUCGCCGUGGUGGUGGACCAGGGCUCGGGCUUCACCAAGGCGGGCUUCGCGGGAGAGAACCAGCCGCGUCUGGUGCUGAAGAGCUCCAGCCUAGUGCCCAGCUGGGACCGGCCCGUGCUGCCCGGUGCGCCAGGCUGUGAGCUGGCAGGCGGCGUGGCUCGGGCGCACCCCAUCAAGCACGGCGUGGUGGUGGACUGGGAGGCGCUGGAAGGGCUCUGGGAGCGCCUGCUGGUAGGCGGUUUGCGGGUGUGCCCUGAGCAGUGGCCGGUGCUGGUGAGCGAUUCGCCAACGGCGCCGCCCUCAAACCGCGAGAGGGUGGCCGAGCUGCUGUUCGAGACUCUGGCAGUGCCCGCAUGCCACAUGGCGAGCACUGGGUUCUUGGCUCUCUGCUCCACUGGUGCGUUCAGUGGGCUGGCCGUGGAGGCAGGUGCGGGUGUGUGCCAUGCCACACCCAUCUAUGCGGGCCACUCGUGGCACAAGGCCACCUUCCGGCUGGAGGUAGCAGGCACCACCCUGUCGCGCUACCUGCGGGAUCUGCUGGUGGCAGCGUGUCCGGAUCUACUGCUGCAGACCUUACCUCGAAAGGCCAUCACACAGCUCAAGAAGCGCUGCUGCUACGUGUCGCUGGACUUUGAGGGUGACCUCCAUAACCCUGCCCGCCACCAUCCAACCAGCUUCUGCUUAGGCAAUGGCUGCUCUGUCUGCCUCAGCAGCGAGCGCUUCCGCUGCCCUGAACCCAUCUUUCAGCCUGGUCUGCUAGGCCACACUGAGCCAGGACUGCCCACACUGGCCUUCUGGGCACUGCAGAACGUGCCUGGAACACUGCGGAGGAGGCUGGCUAACACUGUGGUGCUGGCCGGUGGCUCCACACUUUUCCCUGGUUUCACUGAGCGCCUGGAAAGGGAGCUGGAAGCCCAGUGCCAGCAGAAUGGCUGUGGGGCACUGCAGCCACACCUAGUGGCCAAGCCUGGACGCGGCACAGCAGUGUGGACAGGCGGCUCCAUGGUGGCUUCAUUUCACAACUUCCAACGCCACUGGAUGACCCGGGCCAUGUACCAGGAGUGUGGCUCCAGGCUGGUGCAUAAAGUCUUCGACUGAGUCACACUGGACAGGAAGAGCUGGUGCUGCCAGGGAGCUGCAGAGGUCUCCUCUGCAGUGGGCUGCACUGAAGCUCUGUCAGAGGCAUAGAGUGCCAGAUAAAAGUC